AGAUGUGACUGGCACACUUGGUUCUUGUGGUUUAGCUUUUCACAUGUUUCUACCCUAGAUAUCAAAUGGUUUAACCAUGCUCAGCUACGUGAAAACCCUCAUGCUGAAUUGUUUCCUGUGGUUCCUGUGGUGCUUCACUAGAGGAGGUGCAUCACGCACCUGUCGGGCUCCCCGUCUCUGCUCCAAAAACUGCCGUGCUGUGCAUCAGAAGCCCCCACGGACCACUCAGCUUGCCCACAGCCCGUUCCCCUAUAUGACAGAUAAAUUCUCCAGACUUGAAAAUCACCAGCUUCCCAAGUCGCCACCUGCUUUUGGGCUCCCUUGGGCACGCCCAGGAAAGCUGCAGCCUCCGCCCUGCCAGACCAUUUUUGACACCUUCCCUGACAGAAGACCCCUUAAAAGAAUCUGGUACCCAGGCCUUGGAGGCACAGCCAUGGGUUUUCCUACCCAAAAGCCAUCCUUUCCUCUGCGGGCAACAGUGAAAGUCAAGAAAAGUGCACCCAGCUUCCAGGGAUGCCAGAGUGUGAGAGCUCGAGAGAUCCUCCACUUGCUGGAGAAUUCCAGCCCUCCACUGGUUUCCGAGAUAGAGUUCCACCUCUCUGUCUUUGUGGAGAAAAUGAAAAGGGCCCUGUGGAGAGAUUUGGAAGACCCUGCUUCACCAGCUGGUGUGAUAGCUCCUGAUGUACAGGAGCUCACAAAGGAGACCACAGCAUCUGCAGCAGUGAUCAAAGAUCUGAAAGGCUCCAAGGACAGCUCCUACCGAACUCUACCAUCCUCCCCCAACAGCACUAGCUCUCACAGGUCGAGCACAUGCAGUCUGGCACAGUUGGUAAGUGCCAACACCUGCUUGUCCAGCAUCACCUCUGAUCACUCCAGCUUCAUCUCCCAGAAUGCCAUGUACUCUAAGCUGCCUUCUCCGAUGCCUUCUGAUAUCACCAGUCAGUAAAUAACCACAUUUUCAAAAAUAUAAAAAACAUCUGGUGACAAUUAAUAAAACGUCAUGUACUACAAAACAAAGAGAAGCACAGAUGCAGUGACUGAACUAAAGAUGCUAAUCAACACAGAUGCUAUAUAUUCACAGUCAUAAAGCUACAUGAGCCAAAACGAUUAACAUCCAUAACUUCGAAUGGAGAUUGAAUUCCUAGCGUCUGUGCUCCCAAACUCUGGAACCCUCUUUCUUACAAUAUCAGACAUGCUACCUCCCUUACAAUUUUUAUAGCUAAAUUAAAUAUAUUUUAAACAAAGUUUUGAAUGGAUUUAUAUAAUGUAUUUCUGUAUUAUGUGUCUUGCUUUUUACCACUGAAUUGUUUUAGCUA